AUGAGGGUAGCUGUCGUGACAGGUGCUUCAUCCGGAAUCGGAGCCUCAGCAGCAGCCUUCCUAGCCAAAGACGGCUAUUUCCUGUCGCUGAGUGGCCGUGUGGAAUCUGCACUCCUAGAAACACAAAAAGCUUGCGUCGCCGAGGGAUGCCCGGCCGACCAAAUUCUCAUCACCGUCGGAGAUCUCAACGAAGAUGUCGUUCAGAAGAAGCUGAUCGAGGACACAGUAGCCAAAUUUGGGCGGAUUGACACUUUGAUCAAUGCCGCAGGAAUUCUGGUGAAUGGGACAGUCCUUGAUGCUUCGAUGGAGGACUUCGAUAAGCAAAUGCUGGUCAAUGUUAGGAGCCUGAUUUCCGUGACCAAAAUCUCCCUACCGCACAUUAUCAAAUCAAAGGGUACCGUUGUGAAUGUGAGCAGUGUGGCUGGAACGAGCGCGUUCCCCGGCGUUACAUAUUACUGCAUCUCCAAAGCGGCUGUUGAUCAAUUCACGAAAUGUUUGGCGUUGGAGCUCGCUAGUGAAGGGGUUCGCGUCAACGCCGUCAACCCCGGGGUCAUCAUCACGGAUAUUCAUCGGCGAUCCGGACAAGAUGAGGAGACUUAUCAAAAGUUUUUGGCGCACGCUCGUGAAACGCACGCUCUCGGAAGGCCAGGCGUCGUUGACGAGGUAUCGAAUGCCAUCGUGUUUCUCGCCGGCCCGGCCAGCUCGUUCACCACUGGCCAUCUCCUAGCUGUCGAUGGAGGCCGCGGCAUCAUGACACCGCGC